AUGAAGCUUCAAGAUACUUUGCUUCAGAAGGAAGAGGAACUUGCUAGGUUACAUGAAGAAAAUAAUAACCUCCGACAAUACCUGAAUUCUGCACUGAUUAAGUGUUUAGAAGAAAAAGCCAAGAAACUACUAUCCUGCCACAGCCAAAAAACCUGUGCUAUUCUCAAAAGCACCAAGAGGAGAUUAAAAGAGGACCACUGCUUUGUUCCUCAAGAAAGUCUUCAUGCUUCCAAAGCUAGAAGGAACCUCUUUAAUGAAUUCACUGCCUGUGAAGAGCAAGCCAGCCCUGGUGUGGACAGCUGGGUCUUGCAGACUUUAGGAUUAAAAGAUGUCAACACCAUUGAUGAAACUUCAGCUAACUACAGUGCCCUGUCCUCAGACCUUGGAAAAGACACAUACUGCCUGAGCCCUGGUGAAGCAAUAGACUACGACCACAGUGAAGGAGCGGUGGCAGCGCAUAGCUGCAGCCACAUGCCUCCAGCUAACAGCAGUACCCAUCCAUGCAGUGAGAACUCUCCCUUCCUUCCUCCGUUUUCUUCAGCACCAUGCACCUCCUCAUCAGUGCCAAGUGUUUCCUCCCUCCCAGCCUAUGGGUUGCCUUAUUUGACUGCUGAUUUGUCACCCAACAAAACAGAAGUGGCCUUCACAACAUCUCUAAGUCCCCACCGCAAUGUGAGAACGCACACCUUCCACCAAGGACAGGCCUUCGUGCGCAGGGAUGAUGAUGGAGGAUGGAGAUUCACCUGGGUGCCCAAGCAGGCUGAAUAA